UUUUGACUACAUACGAUCUUACCAAAUUAUACUUUUUUAAAACAUUGAUGAAUGAUAGGCUAGUACAAACAAUCACUUGUCAGGAUUUUGUAACUGUUUUUUCAUCUCAACAGCUCAAGAUUUUUUUUUAAUAAGUCUAUAUGUAAUGUUGUUUUUUCCCGCCCCUUUAAUUUUGUCCCUUUGUCAAGAAUUUCAUAUAAAAGUAGAGUAAAAUCUUGCACUAGAUUGUCUUCGCAACAACCUAUUGUAUACAACACUUAAAUGCAUAACUUACAGCUACUUCUGAUUGCCCUGCUAUCUUUUCUUACAACAUUGACUGCAGCCAAUAAGGAUUCAAGGCCUGAACACAUACAAAAACUAUCUAAGAGAGGAUGUGAUUUUGCCUGCAAAAGACAAGCUGACUGCGACAAUAUUUGUUACACUCAACCUUUUAGUGAUAUCAUGUUAGGUGUCUGUCGUAACGGGAAGUGCUAUUGCGGAUUUAUGCCAUCCGAUCGAGUUCAUUAAUAACGAAAAUAAAAUAAAAGCUUUGGUUUUAUUGUAUUGCUACAACAACUGUUUAAAAUUGAUUAAUGAUUUUGGCCUGGGAGAAAUUGUGGAUAUCUUAUUACAAACUGGAGGGUAAAUGCCUCUUAAUCUUUCUCAAAUAAGAUCUGCUGUUCUAGAUCGUAUCAUCUCAGCUCGUGUGUUUCAUUAGAAAAC